CCCACCAGACCAUUAACAUUUCAAUUUGAUGUGUUCACACAGAAGCACGUAUCACGGAUCUGUAGAAUACUCAGCAUGGCAGCUGUGGUACUUUAUCUCGUGUCUCUGCUUCUGUUCCAGCAAGCUGUCUUAUGUAAUAGCAUGGUACCACAGCAUGACACCCGAAAAUCUGGAUGGAAUCAUGCCAAUAGCAUAUCGAAAACGAGAGUAUUGUCAGAUUCCAUGUUGUUUAAAUCUACCAAAGAAAGCAAGAAGACAUCAACGGUUCCAGUCUUUGCUGCUAAUGAUCUAUGGAGUCUUCUGCUUGGUAUGAAGGAUAACUCACCUUCUGAAACAGAAUCAAAAUCAAAAUCAAAUCCAAGCGGCUUACAUAGACUGCAAAUUUUGACGAAAUCCUCCUCAUUUUUGCCCGGUUUAAGUUUUCUUAAAAUUGAAAAGGAACCAGCAAAAAAUUAUAAAACAGUGAGAACUGAAUUACAACCUAGUACAUUUUCCAAGAAAUCGUCGAAGCAAACAGCUAUAAGGAAGCUUUCUCAUGAAAGAGGAGAAAUCGCUAAAACGAGCCCAACAGAAACAAUGGGAACAAAAACGAUUCGUAUUAAUGAGAAUGAAAUUGAGCAAGUGUUCAACAGUUUACAGGAUCAAACAAUUGCCCCUACCACUCUUCCUCCUUUGGAAAGGACGACAGGAUAUAACGCGCUCUUGCCAACAACUGUAGGUAGUUUACUGGGGUUGAAUCUUCGAUUGAUGAACAGUAUCAGUAAACAAACCGAAGCAGUGAAGGCAGAACCCAAAUAUGAAACGAUAGAUAAGAUUAAAGCACAAGAGCCGGAUAUGCACGUAACAGAUCAAGCGAACUAUCAUCCUAGUGAACCGGUGGAAAUGAGGUCAUUACCCGACGUUUCUGAACAACAAAUUCAAAAACCUAACUUAGUUGUUAAUAUCAAACCAACAUCGCAAAUGAAACGUCAUAUAGAUUCACAACAUAAAGUUCAGACGAAAUCCAAUUCAUUUCAUCCGCACACAAUUUCAAAUAGUAGCACAGAUUUUAUAAAAGGAGAUGUGAAAGCUUCUAAACAACCUGUUAAAGUUCAUGACUUGCAAAUGAAUCAUCCUGGCUCCUCAAAUAAUGGCGAGUUCAUCAUCAGACAGAGGACAGUUGACUUUAUGGACCCGUAUACCCUCGAACAACAAUGGUUAAAGAAAGCUAACAUGGAGUUGAAAUCUAAAUCAAAAGAAUCAUCCCUUCGUCUGAACAGUAUUGAGCCUAGGACCACGCUUGAUUUAUUUGAUAUUCAGUCUGCUUACAAACACAUGGAUUUAAAAAUAAGCACGAGUACCAGUAUUCCGCUACCAAUGAGUGUUAACGUCAAAUCUAAAGAAGGGCAGGGCGGUCAAGGUCACGGUUGGCAAGGUUACGAUGGACAUGGUCAUAUUGGAUCGCGUGUUACUUUAGAAUCUCAUCACAAUAAUAAUCAACAUGACCAACAUCAAAUAUCUUUACAUCCAGAAAGGAAAUUUGUAGAGCGCAAGAAUUUUAAUAUCAAACAAAUACCACAAUCAUCAAACAAUUAUGUAGAACCUUUCGCGAAUAAACUUGAUGUUCAUGCAAAUCUUAAAAAGCAUCCUCUGAGUGGACAGCACGCAGGAAAUCGCGGACUGCCUUAUAAUAUUAUUAAAAGUGCACAUAAAUUUUCGCAGAGCUUGAUUUCAGAUAAAAAUCAAGCUGGCUCUAUCCUUCACUCUCGGAUGCAUACGUCGCCCACUGUAAGGCCACCAAAAGACUUGAGACCAUAUCAUCAGCUAUCGCCAGGUGGCAUCAACUGGGACUUUUCUGAGACUCGUAGUACAGGUAAAGAACAACACAACGGUCGGCAAAGUAGACAACAGAUCGAUGGAUCGACCACUGAAAGACCAACAACAGACUGGAUGUCACCGAAACAACAGUUACCAGGGGGCAAUACGUUGGAGCAUUAUGAUAACCGUCAAACAGGUCACAGGACACAGGUCACAGGAAAUCGCGGACUUCCUUAUAAUCUUAUUAAAAGUGCACAUGAAUUUUCGCAGAGCUUGAUUUCAGAUAAAAAUCAAGCUGGCUCUAUCCUUCACUCUCGGAUGCAUACGUCGACCACUGUAAGGCCACCAAAAGAUUUGAGACCAUAUCAUCAGCUAUCGCAGGUGGCAUCAACUGGGACUUUUCUGAGACUCGUAGUACAGGUAAAGAACAACACAACGGUCGGCAAAGUAGACAACAGAUCGAUGGAUCGACCACUGAAAGACCAACAACAGACUGGAUGUCACCGAAACAACAGUUACCAGGGGGCAAUACGUUGGAGCAUUAUCAUAACCGUCAAACAGGUCACCAACAACAACACAAUGGCCAGCACGGUGGUAAACACAUGCAAGAAAUGCAAUGGAAUGUAAAACAAAUCAGUCAAAACCCACAAAACGAUCAACAAAAUGGAGACUAUCCACAUUUAGGACAACAAGAUAAUCCAUAUUCACCUUACGACUACACUCAGCAAUUAGGUGAAUUCACGACACAAAAUAACAACAAUGGUGGUGAGCAAUAUGGAUACCAGAAACAACAAUACCCGCAGAGUAACUUCAACGAGCAGUGGAAUGAAGGUGAGAACCCGAACACGGCGUGGAAUCAGAAUCCGUCCUACGAUGCAAAUGCCGGUCAGUACUGGUCAGAUGGUACGUACAAUAAUAAUGGCGGGUGGGUCCAGCCUGAUGUCAAUUACCAGACGAAUUUCGAACACACCACACAACCGACCUACGAGGGAGGUUUGUAUAACACGCAAACAUACCAAAAACAGCAGCCUCAGACCAAUUUCCAAAUGCCAGCAGGCUGGAACAUUUACAGCAACGUGGAAACUCAAGAUCAAGCAGAGCCACACGAUCCAUAUUCAUUGUCAGACUACGAUGAGGAUUCUGAUGAAAGCAGAUGAUUUUAAAUACCUGUGUCAGGAUCUCUGAAAAUAACAGGGUGGUUAAGCAGUCCCAUAAUGCCAUCGCACCGGAAGUCUAUUCUGCGCGGGUGCGUUGUUGUCAAACGUCGUUCCUCUCGUCGAGUAAGUAAACUAGAGCUUGGGCUCGACGAGAGAGUGACUCAAAGUUCACUCUGAUUUCUUUCGUAUUAACAAGGAACAGAAAUUACAAGGAAAGAAGAAGGUUUGAAACAGCAUGCAUCAAAAAGCAUAAAACACAGUGUAAACCAAUUGCACUGACACGUGCUAUUUUAUUUCGUUCAAUCAUAUGACAGGGGCAUGUGCUUAUUUUGCAACUGUCUAUACCACAACACGUUUGUUGAAAUAAAACAACGAAAUUGCGCUAUUCCUUCCCAGUACCAAGCUUAGUUCUUAUUGAAUAAUGAACAUCAUUUUCGACGCCGAAAAGGGCGAUACCUGCCAAUAAUGAUAAUUAACCGAGCUUAAGAAACAAUGUCUUAUUUCUUUCAAACAUUGAAUAUCCAUCCAUCAAAUUAUGUUUGUCUCAUCAAAUCUUGCAAUUAGCUAAAAAUCUGAUAAUGAUUUGAUUUAUUAUUUUAAUUUAUGCAAAACAUUUAUUAUGUAUUGUUUUCCAUUCAACAAUAAAACGAAACAACAUGAAAUAUUCAUGUGCGGUUUAUUUUAAAUAUCAUAAGAAUAUAAUGCCUCACCCAGAGAAAGAAAACCAGCUAUCGAUCAUAACAAUUGACUGAAAUAUGAAUAUUUAAACUGAUAUCAUUAGAUUGUGUCAAUUACAAUAUAAAAUGAUCUUAUGAUAUAGCGUUAUAUUAUACAACGUUCCAUGUGUUUUACUUUGACUAGUAAUCAUGAUUGUUGUUUUAAUUUAUGCUAUCGAGGACAAUUGCGUUUUGACAUUUGGAUGUGUUGUUGUUGUAUAGUUAUUUGUGUAUAAACAUAAUGAGGUACUUGUGGUGAGAAGUAAAAACGUACUUGUGUAGAAAAAAUAUAUAUUUCAUAUGUAAUAUAAUUUAUAUAGCGAAAUAUACAGAUCUUCUUAUGUAGAUGUAUUUGUGCGUUUGUUGCCUGUUAACAUUGAUAUUUCUUUAAAAAUGAGGAUAUAAGAAUGUUGUGCAGAGAAAUAUCAAGAUCGUUGUGUAAAGAUGCCAGUGUAUUUGUGUAUAGAGCUUUGUAAGGGUAGACAAAAAUAGUUUGUGCGAGCGUGUAUGUAUGUGAGGGUAUAUAUACGAGCGAUAUUUCAUUACACAUAUCAUUAAAAUUCAUUAAGUAAAUAAACUGUAAUGCUUACACUUUGUUAAAAAAUAAAAUUUAUAAAAAUUAAA